UGCGGCGAUAUUGGCUUGUUGACUUAUCAGAAUCGUCGGUUGUUAAAUGUGAUAAGGGGCCAACGAUGCAGCGUUAGAACUGGAAGCUCCCAAAUCCCCUAUAUUCGGGAAUAAUGUUUCGGGAUUGGCGUAAAUCCGGCCACAAGCGAUGGCGGAAUGUGCAUCAGAAAGAAAAGCCUGUGAUCCUGACCGAAAGGGAGACGAUGAUAGUGUUUGUGUACGACACGGAGUGUCUGACAGAUGAAGCAGAUGAUCCCAUAUCGGCGGUUCUGUAUUUCCAUCCAAGCUGGGUCUCCGACUCCCAGAAAGUGGCUCUAUGUGGACAACUUAUGGGCACCUCGUACUUCCUCAAAGAUUGCUUCUUUAAUCCCCGCAUCCUGGCCCUCCAAAAUGGCAAGUUUGUGCUCAAGGAGUUUGGACGUUUUAUCCUGGCCAUUGGCACCGAUCGGAAUAUUGGGGAUCAACUGCUGGAACAUCGCGCCGAUUUGCUGAGUUCCCUGCUGAAAUUCUUCCACCGAGAUGUGCAGACUCUGUAUGCCCAGUAUGCUGCACCGCCCGCCCUGAACCGCCGCAAUCUCAGCGAGAAACUGUACCACAUCUUCGAGACAUAUCUGCCGAUGCUGCAGCGAAAUGGGAAUACGUUUCAAAAUGUGCCCAGGUUGCGAAUGCCGAAGACGGCCAGUCACAUUUUCCUGGAGGCCAUACAAACGCUGCAGAGCUGCCAGCAGACCAAGGGGAUCCUGGGGGGAGCCAUUCUCUAUCACAACAAAGUGGUGGCCUCCCAACUCAGCGACAUGGUGACCAAGCAUUUGGUGCUCACAGAUCCCCUGCACAUCCGCACGGCUGCCGAGCAAGUGUCCAACCAUCGUGACUUCCACAUCCCAAAUGGAGUACAGAUGCUGGUGGUUUACCUGGAGCAAAUGCAGUACCGUCAGUUGGUCGGCGAGGCACAGCGCGCCCAGAAUCUGCAGAUGAGCGCGGCGCAGCUGUCGCAGAGCGGCAUGCCCUUUCAGUAUGCCAAGCGGAAGAUAAAGCGCGACAAGUCGCUCAUCUUUACCCACAUUCCCGAGGAGGAGCAUGCGCCGGAGCAGCCGGGAGAAGGAGGCGGUUUGCCACCUGCCAGACCGAAAUCCAUGCGACCCACUCACCUGCCGUUGCGCAUAAAGAGCAUGCAGAGCAAGGAGCUCCCCGAGUCGGGCAUUGCUUCGAUUAACUUUGACGAGACCGACUCCUAUCCGCAGUUUAUUGGACGCACCAGCGUUUGCAACACUCCCAUGACCGAGAAUAAGGUGCUGCCGGUGGCGAAUGUCAUGUCCAUUUGCGCAAAUCCCGAGGAGGAGGCGGGCAAAGAGGAGGAUGUCCACAAUUCCAAUGGCAAGGCACAUUCGCGACGAAAUUCAUUGAAAUUAGAUGUUGAGAAGUUUUUCCAGAACUUCAUUAGUAACCCGAAUAAGCAGCUGACACGAAGGAAGUCCUCGGCAGAUCUUCAGGAUGCACUGCGCGCCAUCUCCAAGAAGCUGAACAACUUUACGCAUGGCUUCAAAACCGAUGUAAAUCGGAAUGGAAGCGGCGAUGGUGGAAACGCCACCUCCACCUCCGAUUCGCCGGAUUUCAUAGAGAGCGACGAGAAGAUUGCCUCACGGACCAUCAGCGAUCCCACCUAUCCGGUAUUCAACACCAAUGGCCAGCAGAUCUCGCGCAGCCUGUUCCAGCAGUUUCUCGAUCAGUAUCGCAAGUUGUGGGGAGUGGCCAGCGAGCAGGCGCAUGAGGAUGCCGAGCUAGCUGCUCUGGUGGCCGAGUUCCAGGAGUUCAACGCGGAGAUUCAGAAGCUGGACGAGCACAUGAGACAACAGGCAGCGGAGGCCUCCUCCGCCGAUCGGAAUUUGAAUAUUUCUGCGGCCAAAACUCCGGUCGAUAAGCGCUCCAUGACGCUGCCCUUGAAGUCAGCAGGGGAAGCUGGAUUUGGAGAGCGUGCAUCGGGACGCAGUGGAGCUGGAGGCGUGCCACUAACUCCGCUGAUGGCCAAACUAUCGGUUCUCGCUCUCAGUGAAGCCACGCCCAUCGAGAUUCAAACUCCGCUGACAAGCAGUAAGAUUUUCCCACGGCGCAGCUCCCUGAAAUGCGAGGAUGCAGUGGAUGCCCUGUCCACGGUUAUGCCCACUGUUCCUGCUCAACCACCGGGACCUAUUCAACCGGAUGGCCUGCAUCGCACGGAACUCUACAUAUGUGGUCAGCAGAAUAUGACCUUGCUUUUGCUCAUGGAGGAUGGAACCUGCCAACAACAGCCGGUAGUGCAGAAGAUGUUUGACAUUUGCGUGGCCAAGUUCCCGCACAUGGAAUCUCAAUUGAACCAGACUCUCAACGUAAAUGUGGAGGGCGAUAAUCGCGAUGGCGGCGACUAUAGCUUCAUGUGCGUCGACUCCAAGUGGGAUGUUCUGCAGCGCAAUGGGCCAUGGAAUCCCCUAGAGCUUAACAUCCUGGAGAGCAUGCACUCCAUACAUUCCAGUGGUCAUCAUCUUACAGAUUUGAUCUUGAGAUCCCACGACUCCGUUUACUAUGGCCACAAGAACGGAAGGACCGAGUUCUUCUACAAGGAGCCUACCCAUCAGAUCCACGGCAUUCCACCGCCCUCGGAUCCCAUUGGCAAUAUACAGAUGCGCGCCAAGUCGCGACUGGAACGCGAUCAUUCCUACAUGUUGUUCUAGGAUCGCAAUCGCAUAAUAUAAACAUAUUGAAUACUCGCAUGCUUAGCCAAAAAACAGAUAAUGUUAACGGGGUUAGUCCCCGAAAAAUAGCCAACUUUAUGCCAUCCGCUGUUAUUUACUUUGCGAUCUCUGGCUGAUUCCUGCGCGAGUCCUCGCCGGUGGUUAGGAUAAUGUUUCCAUAUCAUAUACACAACACAACCAACCAAGGGAACUCAAUUUUAAACGAUCUAAAUUUUACUUUGACUUUUAUACAAACAAUUUACAAGAAACAUUGCCGAGCUUUUAAGCAAACCAUCCCAAAGAGGCUCUCGUGGGAAAGCAAAAGAGAAAUGAAUUUUAAACGUGCCGCCUUCAGCCAGCGAAUUAUUUUGCCUAGUUUUAUCCCUCACUCGAUUGAUAGAAAGUACAAAAAUGUUUUAUGCUUUUAUGUUUACAAUGUCCAGCACUGUUGUUUAAUUUAUAAGCUUGUAACCUAUACAAUUAUUUUAAUUAUUUUGCAUUUGCUUUAGCACUGAUUUCGAAAGCCAAAGAAAUUAAAUCGAGAGGUUUUAAUUGUAAAUAUAAUACAAGAUUAGAUUCGUUUAGGCGGAAUUAUUUGCCACUAACUUAAAGUUUCCGUUCUGUCCAGAUGCAAACAUAUAUGUGUAUGUACUUAUCCUAGCCGUUUCUCAUUAUCAAAUAUUAAGCGCUUUGUGCCAAUUUUAAAUGCAGGUCAAAUGCUAAAAACUAAAAACCGUCGAAUGUUUAAGGAACGUGAGAACGAAUGUUUUUAACCAUACAAAAACAGUUUACGCAGUGCACUGGUGCGAGAGCAAACAACUAUUUUGAGAGUUUUGCGUUGACUUAGCUUAAAUAUACAUACAAUACGGAAUACAUAAAUACCUAAACGACAUUAUUUAUAUAUAAAUAUUCAUAUACGAAACAAAGACAGGUAUUGUUUUUGUAGAUUUUCAAGAAUAAACCGACAAACGUUGUCUGUGUUUGAGAAA